UCUCCCCCCGGUCUGUUAUUGUAUUGGGCCUCAGCUCCUCUCACGGUCCCCAGCUCGGCAGGCGCUCCGGUCUCGGCAGGGCGGCGGCGGUGGGAGAAGGAGAAGAAGCGGAGGAGGGGAAGCGGCCGGGGCUACCUGGGAGUCCGGUUAGCGGCGCUGGGAGCCGCGCUCGGGAUCUUGGUGUGUUCGCAGCACUGGGAGGGCCGCUGAGCUCCCAGGGGCGGCAGCCAGACACACAGCGGUCACGGCCCGGGACUCUGCAGGACGCGGCCUACGGCGCCGCUACCGACGGCAAAACGGUAAGAAAAAGUGCAAGAUGUCAAAAAGCCGUCGGAAGGUUACAGUAGAAAACACAAAAACCAUAUCAGAUAGCACAUCUCGUAGACCAAGUGUUUUUGAAAGGCUUGGACCUCCGGAGGCACAAUGUCGUAACUGGAUGAAUAAUGGCGCUUGUAUGUAUGGUAACACCUGUAGAUAUAUACAUGGACCUUCACCAAGAGGCAAAGGAUAUAGCAGUUCUUACCGAAGGUCUCCAGAAAGACCGACAGGAGAUUUGCGUGACAAAAUGAAGAACAGACGUCAUGAUGUUGAGUCAGAGCCACAGAAACGUACAGCUGAAGAAGCAACGUCCCCAGCAAGGAAAGAAUCUUCCAGAGGAAGGCACAGAGAAAAGGAAGAUAUAAAAAUUACUAAGGAGAGAACUCCUGAAAGCGACGAAGAAACUGCUGAAUGGGAAACGACUAGAGAUGAUUCCGAGAACGGUGAUGUUAAUUACGAUUAUGACCAUGAAUUGUCUCUAGAAAUGAAGCGGCAGAAAAUCCAGAGAGAACUUAUGAAGUUGGAGCAGGAGAACAUGGAAAAACGAGAAGAGAUUGUGAUUAAAAAAGAGAUAUCACCUGAAGUAAUGAACAAAAUGUCACCUUCACCAAGAAAAUCUAGUAAAUCUCCAAAACGAAAAUCCAGCCCUAAAUCUUCCAGUUCCGUAAAUAAGAAAGAGAAGAAGGCAGUUGCCGUGUCUUCACCUCAGCCUGAGCUAUCAGGAAGCAGAUACACAAAAGGAGCACACAGCAAAAAGAAAGGACCUCGUACUCCAAGUCCCCCACCUCCAGCUCAAGAAGAAGUUCCAAUUUCCAAGAAGCACAAAGAUAAGCAUAAAAUGAAAGAUCGAGUGGAGGAAAAGGUAAAGGACGUAAAGGAGAGAGCACAAGAAGUUGAGAAGCACAGAGACAAAAAGGACAAACAGAGGUUAGAUGUGGAUGCUUCUCAAGGAUCACACAGGCAGAAACGAUCUCCAAGUCCAGAUGAACACUCGGGCAGCAAUUCAUCUAAUUCCAGGGAUUAUUCUCCUCCUGCUCCAAGAAAACGCCAUGUGUCCUCACCAACCCCUACCAAGUCUUCAUCUCAUAAACAUGCACUCUCACCCUCUCGCAGGUCUGUUUCCCCCCAUGGAAGGCAUCAUUCUCCCAUGUCUUCGAGACACCAGUCACCUUCUUCUCAGUCAGGAUCAUCUGUUCAUAGACCGUCACCUUCCCCUCGUCAUCGGAGAUCACCUUCCCCUGCCUACCAGAGAGCAUCUUCUCCUGUAGCCAGACGCUCUUCCUCUCCAUAUGCUACACAUGGUUCCUCCUCUCCUCAUAGAAAGAGGAGUCUAUCUAAGCAUCGUUCUCCAGCCCGAGAAAAAGGCAGACAUGAGAGGGAGAUACCCUCUAGUUCCCAGGACAGACGACACGACCGGAUGGAUGAUGUCAGAAGUAGAAAAGACAAAGAAAGAGAUGAUCGAGAUCACGAUCGGGAACCAAGUGGCUCUAGAGAUCAUAGAGAAGAACGGGAAACUCGUGAAGGUCGUGAGUGCAGGGAUAUAAGAGAUAAUAGAGAUCGAAAAGACCCCAGGGAUUCCAGGGAUGUUCGUGAGACUAGAGACACUCGAGACUAUAGAGAUGUUAAAGAAAGCCGUGAUCAGAAAGAUUCACGUUCUGCUCGUGACACCCAUGAUUACAGAGACCGGGAAAACCGCGAAACCCACCGCAAGGAGGAGUCCUAUGAUGACCGCAGCUACAGAAGUAGUCAUGGCAGAGAAGAGGCUGCUCGUGCUGAUUCAAGAGGUGAUAACCGAAAUGAGUCCAGGAGUGAAAAUAGAAAUGAUCGUAAUGGCAGGGCAAGAGGACGUGCUGCUGAUGUUUCUGAAAAAGCUGCCAGAGGAGCAAGAAGCUCUCAGGCUGAUAGCCACAGCAGUAGUAGCUAUCAUGACAACUGGGACUCUCGCAGUGGCUAUGCAGAAAGAGAACGGUUUGAUGGCAGAGAACAGGGAAGGGACUCGUCAUUUGAUCGCAGACAUGGGGAUCGUGAACGUCGAGAGCGAGAAAGAGAUCAAAGGCCAGCCUCCCCAGCACGGCACCUAGGAAGGAGUGAUGAUGUUGACCGAGAUGAAAGAAGAGAUGAGCGCAGAGUAGACCGCACAGAUGAAAGGAGGGAUGAUAGACCCAGAGAGAGAGAGAGGGAACGAGAGCAGAGAGAGAGGGAGAGGGAGAAAGAACGAGAAACUGAGAGAGAACGAAUCCGUGAGCGUGAAAGGGAAAAGGAUAGAGAGCGAGAGCGAGAAAAAGAGCGGGAGAGAGAACGAGAAGAGAGAGAACGCGAAAAAGAAAAAGAAAGGGAGCGAGAACGAGAGCGUGAAAGAGAACGGGAGCGGGAAAGAGAGCGGGAAAGGGAGCGUGAGCGAGAACGUGUCAGAGAGAGGGAACGAGAGCGCCCAAGGGAAUGGGAGGACAAGGACAAAGUUAGAGAAGAGCGUAGAGAUAAAAGGGAGGAUGUGCGUGAAGAGAGGAAUCUAAAAGAAGUUCACGAAGAAAGAAAGGUUAAGAAGAGGCACAGAAAUGAAAGCAGUCCAAGCCCACGCCAAUCUCCCAAACGUCGCAGAGACCACUCCCCUGAAAGUGAUGCUUACAACAGUGGUGAUGAAAAACGGCUUCUUGCAGCAGUAAAAGGCAAAGCAGAUGAAAAGCACAGACUGCUAAGCCAAGUAGUCCGACCUCAAGAUUCUCGUUCCCUAAGUCCAACCCAUGUUGCUGAAGAACGGCCAACCCGAUGGAAAGAGGAAGAGCGGAAACCAGACCGAAAGGAAAUAGUCAGACGGUAUGAAGAGCCAGAGACAAAAGAGAGAACAGCCACAUUGGAGAAACAACGGGAGCAUGUGGUGGAAGUUGCUGAAAUUUCAAAGGUAAAAGAAGUGGAUAUAGUAGUUCAACACAAACCAGAAGAACGAGAGGUUCCAGAGAAGAUUCAUGAUGAGAAGGUGAAGAAAACCAAAAUGCAGAAAAAAGCUGCGAAGAAGAAGAAAGAUGAAGAAAUUAUCCCAGAAAAAAUUGCUCCUGAGCCCCAGCCUGAAGACAUUCCAGUCUUUUCACCUAAGAAAAGCCAGAAAAAGAAAAAUGUAGACAAAAAGCGAAAGAAAUCUAAAGGGGAUUCUGACGUUUCUGAUGAGGAAGCCAUAGUUCCACAUAGUAAGAAAAAGAAAGGCCCAAGGACUCCUCCAGUAAUAGUGGCUCCUGUUGUUGUACUACCUGUGAAAGAAGAGAUUGCCGAGGUGUUGCCAGAGAAAAUGGUUGAACCUGAAAAAGAAAAGGAAACUACAUUCAGUGAUUGGUCUGAUGAAGAUGUUCCUGAAAGAGGAGAACCCAUAGUUCCAGAGAGAGUUGCAGAAGAGGUUAUUAAAAAGCCUCCAAAGAGCAAAGUAGAAAAGGAAGAGCUUCGACCGGCAGUUGUAGAAGAACCUCCACCACGAAAGCCUGCUGAGCAGAAACGUAGCAGCAGCAUCUGUAGUAAUCAGAGCCGUGCAUCUAGCCGUCUGCGGUCACCAUCUAUUGAUUCUGUUCACCGUGGAGAGGAUCAGACUGCUAAGAGAAGGUUAUUGCAUGGCAGUUCUAGAGAUCGAGAGAGGAAUAAAAGUAUUGAACCUACUGGUGAACGCAAAUCUCGAAUUGAUCAGCUGAAAAGAGGAGAACCUAGUCGCAGCACUUCUUCAGAUCGCCGAGAUUCAAGAAGUCACAGUUCCCGAAGGAGUUCUCCUGAAUCAGAUCGUCAAGUGCAUUCUAGAUCUGGAUCUUUUGACAGCCGGGAAAGGGCACCUGAUCGAGAACGUUAUGAACAUGAUCGGGAAAGAGAGCGUGAGAAGGACAGAGAAAGAGAACGGGAAAGGAGAGAUGGAAGAGCCAGGGAUUGGGAGAGAGAAGCUGACAAAGAAAGGCCAAGAAACAGAGAGCGAGAGAGGGAAAGAGACAGAAGGCGAGAGAUGGAUAGGGAACGCGACAAAGUGGUUCCUGAUCCCAUAGAGAAAGAAAGAGUUCGACUUCUCGAUGUUCCUACAAUGGUAGUUGAGCAAAAACGAGACCCAAAAGAGAGAGAUAAUGAAAAGUCCUAUGAUGCUGCUGGCCGUAUCCCACCACUUGUAGAAAGAAUAGAAAAGGAAGCAGAAAACAUGCAUAGCUUUGCUCUGGGUCGUAAAGUAGAUAAAGCCGAAAGUUUUGAUGGUGGCGACUAUGAUUCCAAGCUUGACGAUGUUCAGUCAGGUGAUUCUGUAGCUGGUGAAGAGUAUGAACCAAUCAGUGAUGAUGAGUUGGAUGAGAUUCUGGCAGAUGAUGCUGAAAAGAAGGACGAACAGCAAGAUGAUGAAAAGGUAUCUGAUCAUUUAGAUGUAAUUGCUGUGGACUGGUCCAGCCUGAUGCCAAAGCAGACAAAAGAACCUAGAGAAUCUGGUGCUGCACUCUUAAAAUUUACACCUGGUGCGGUAUUACUGCGUGUUGGUAUUUCCAAACGUUUGGCAGGGCCUUCCCUCUUCAGCAAAGUUAAAGAAACCUGUCUGCAAUCUUUGGACAAGCCUAAAGAUGCCGAGGCCUUGUUUAAACAUGAUCUUGGAGCUCUAAAUAUGGCUGCGUUGCUGAGGAGGCAGGAGAGAGCCGGUUUACUUAGUAAUCUUGGACCAUGUUGUAAAGCUCUCUGCUCUCGAAGAGACUUUGCUAUUCGCAAACAGCUUGUUCAGAAUGAUAAAGGCACUGUGAAACAGACUUACUCAAAUCCUCCAGUAAUGGACAGCGAUCUGCUAAGGUUAAGCCUGCGUUUAUUCAAACGGAAAGCGCCAACCCAAGAGAAGACUGAUGAUAGGAAACUCCCUGCUGUAAAUAAGCGGCCUGAAACGUGCAUUUCUUAAAUGACUGCAAACUCACUCUGAAGUGUUGUGUUGCUGUAAAAACAGUUUUUUUCGCCAGUCUUGUGUUGUUCAUGACACCUUAAUGUAAUGUUAUGACUAUAAACCUUUGUUUUAAAAUGUGUUCUUGAUAAUUCUCAAUGUAUAAAGUUCUAGAAAUAUUUUUUUCUGAAGAAGUUUUCAAUAUUUUGGUUUUUAAGUUAACUAGCUGUAGAACCAGUUGUACACAUUUUAGUCUAAAUGUUUAAUCAUUAUUUUGAAAUACCCAUUUCUUACCACCCAAUACACCUAAUUUUACCCUACAAUUCACACAUUAAAAAUCUAUAUUUUUAUGCCA